AAUUGUGGGAAGACAUGGCAGCUUCCGGUAUUUGUGUUGAGUGAGUUUCUACACAGUAAAGUCAACACGAAAAGGAUUUAUAGAGUUUAAAAACUUAACGAGUUUAGCAGUGCCGCGGUACGGUCCGAUUCGGUAUGGAGGAGAGCGGCAGUGUGGAGUCGCUGUGCAGCUCCACCACGACCCGUUCGGACCUCUCGAGUGGCACCAGACGGUCGGAUGCAGAGCUGCGGGUCAGAACAAAACUCCAACACAACACUUUACACUCUGUUCCUAAAACUGCUACUAAAGGAAAAGCAUUUGAAAAGGUCUAUAAGGACCCUAGUAAAGAAGUGCUUCCUCUUUUGCCUGAGGAAAUCAUUCAGGAUGCGGCUAAAGACGUCACGUAUAUUUGUCCAUUCAUUGGGCCUAUUAGAGGAACUCUAACAGUCACCAACUACAGACUGUUCUUCAGAUGCACUGACAGGGAGCCAGUGUUUGUGCUGGAUCUACCGUUGGGAGUUUUGAGCAGAGUAGAGAAGAUCGGAGCAGCAACUAGCAGAGGAGAUGUCUCAUAUGGCCUUGUCUGCAAGGACGUGAGAAACCUACGCUUUGUGCACAAGGAGCUUGAGGACUCAUUGAAGAAAUCAGUGUUUGAGGUUCUAAUGAAGUUUGCCUUUCCAGUGUCCAACAACAUGUCUCUCUUUGCAUUUGAGUAUAAGCAAGUGUUUCCUGUGAAUGGAUGGAAGGUAUAUGAUCCACUAGCUGAAUACAAGAGACAGGGUCUUCCAAAUGAGAGCUGGAGGAUCUCUAAAGUGAACGAUCACUAUGAGCUUUGCGAUUCGUACCCAGCAGCGCUAGUUGUCCCUGUAACCAUCACUGAUGAGGAACUAAGGCGGGUCUCAAGCUUCAGGGCCAAAGGUCGCAUUCCAGUGUUGUCAUGGAUCCACCCAGAGAGUCAAGCCACUGUGGUUCGGUCUAGUCAGCCAAUGGUUGGCCAGAAUGGCCGGCGGUGCAAAGAAGAUGAAAAGCUCCUGCAAGCCAUCAUGGAUGCAAACGCACAAUCACACAAACUCUUCAUAUUCGAUGCCAGACCCACUGUGAAUGCUGCAGCCAACAAGAUGAAAGGAGGUGGGUAUGAGAGUGAAGAUGCUUAUCAGAAUGCUGAACUGGUGUUUCUGGAUAUUCACAAUAUUCACGUAAUGCGCGAGUCACUUCGGAAGCUGAAGGAGGUUGUCUACCCCAACAUCGAGGAUUCUCACUGGCUUUCCAAUCUUGAGUCCACCCAUUGGCUAGAACAUAUCAAGUUGAUUCUGGCUGGAGCUUUAAGGAUAGCUGAUAAGGUGGAGUCUGGUAAAACAUCAGUGGUGGUUCACUGCAGUGAUGGCUGGGACAGAACAGCUCAGCUGACCUCACUGGCCCUGAUAAUGCUGGACUCUCAUUACAGAACCAUUCGGGGGUUUCAGAUACUUCUGGAGAAAGAAUGGCUCAGCUUUGGCCACCGCUUCCAGCUGAGGCUAGGUCAUGGUGAUAAGAAUCACACGGAUGCAGAUCGCUCUCCUAUUUUCCUGCAGUUCAUUGACUGUGUCUGGCAGAUGACAAGACAGUUUCCUGCAGCUUUCGAGUUCAAUGAGUAUUUCCUUAUUACAAUACUGGAUCACCUGUACAGCUGCCUUUUUGGAACAUUUCUGUGUAACAGUGAGCAGCAAAGACUCAAAGAGGAAGUGCCGAAGCGCACUGUGUCUCUAUGGUCAUUUGUGAACAGCCAACUGGAGGAGUUUGUGAAUCCGCUGUAUGUGCACUACCCUUCCCAUGUGCUCUUCCCCACUGUUGGCAUACGACACCUUCAGCUCUGGGUCUCAUACUACAUACGCUGGAAUCCACGGAUGCGCCCACAGGAGCCUGUCCAUCAGCGCUAUAAAGAGCUGCUCGCCAAAAGGGCGGAGCUUCAGAAGAGGGUGGAAGAGCUACAACGUGAGGCAGCCAAUCGAACGGCCUCUUCAUCCUCUGAGAGGACCGGAUCUCCUACACUCUCUAUCACACCUGUCCAAACCUUUGUAUAAGGUUCCCAUACACUAACAUAGAGUGUGUGAGCGUUUUUCACAGUCCUCAAUUACUUGCAGCGAUAGACAAUUUAUGAAAAUUCACACACUAACAUUCACCUCACUGCUGCCAGAUGGCUGGAUGGAAGAUGCUUUUGAUCACUAAAACUGCUUAAUUCUGGUAUUAUAUUAAUACAUUUAUUAUUAGGACUAGAGGCAUUAAGACAUUAUAAACAUAUAUUAGGGAUUAUUAUGGAUGAGCUGUGUGUUGUAGUAGAACUGGAUGGAGGACAUGCUCUGAUAUCGAGCAACACAUGAUAAAAGCAGUGUGAUGUCACUUGGGUUCUGCUUACAUAACCUUAAGGUGGAGGAAGUUGAGGAGAGUCUUUUGGGCCUCAGCCUUUUAUGUACAGAAUUCUGUCUUCACUUGAAAUUCUAAACAUUCUUGGGCACAUUUCAAAAUGACACUUCGUAUAAUCAAUGAUCCAGUCCUGUUUAAAGUAUACACUCUAACUUUUGCUUCUAGCUUAACAAAAUUAACAAAUGCAGUGUGUCGACACUAAUUAAAUAGGCCUCUGUUAACAAUAAUCACUACUAGAUGGCGCUAUACUACAGGAGAAUCUACAGCAAUAAACAAUUGCAGUAUCUUGAUCUACACAAUA